CGCAACUCUCUUCUCUGGCAGGAUGAUGAGGUGGUGCUCCAGUGUGUGGCCACCGUCCAGAAGGAGCAUCGCAAGUUCUGCCUGGCAGCUGAGGGACUCGGAAACCGUCUCUGUUACCUGGAAUCUACAUCUGAAGCUAAGAAUGUUCCUCCAGACCUGUGUAUUUGUAACUUUGUGUUGGAGCAGUCCCUGUCAGUGCGGGCCCUGCAGGAGAUGCUGGCUAACACUGGGCAGAACAGCGAAGGGAGUGCUGACCAUGAAAAAUGGGCGGGUCAGGGGGGUGGACACCGGACCCUGCUCUACGGUCACGCCAUCCUCCUUCGCCACUCCUUCAGUGGUAUGUACCUGACCUGUUUGAAAACAUCAAGGUCUCUGACAGACAAGCUGUCAUUUGAUGUCGGACUACAAGAAGAUUCAAUAGGAGAGGCUUGCUGGUGGACAAUCCACCCUGCGUCCAAGCAAAGAUCUGAGGGAGAGAAAGUCCGUAUCGGAGACGACCUGAUCCUUGUCAGUGUGUCAACAGAGAGAUACCUGCACCUCUCUGUCUCCAACGGAAACAACCAGGUAGAUGCCUCCUUCAUGCAGACGCUGUGGAACAUCCAGCCUACCUGCUCUUCAGGCAGCAUGGCUGUAGGGUUUUUGGUUGGUGGCCAUGUGAUGCGUCUUUGUCAUGGUCAUGAUGAGAGCUUGACCAUCCCGGGAGCAGACAAGAGUGAGGAGGAGCAGAGGAUAGUCAACUAUGAAGCGGGAAAGGGAGCGUCAAAGGCCCGCUCACUUUGGAGACUGGAACCUCUCAGGAUAAGCUGGAGCGGUAGCCACAUUCGUUGGGGUCAGGCCUUCCGACUACGCCACCUUUCUACUGGCCAUUACCUGGCCCUGACUGAGGACCGCGGACUGGUCCUGCAGGACAGAGGAAUGUCCGACACCACAUCCACUGCCUUCUGCUUCAGGCCCUCCAAGGAAAAGGGCGACUUGGGCCCAAAGAGGGACAUCGACGGCAUGGGAGUGCCAGAGAUCAAGUACGGAGACUCUGUCUGCUUCGUCAUGCAUGUGGCGACAGGACUCUGGCUGUCUUACCUGGCACCUGAUGCCAAAUCGUCUCGCCUAGGACCCCUGAAAAGAAGGGCCUGCCUGCAUUCUGAAGGCCACAUGGACGAUGGGCUUAUCCUGCAGCGCUGUCAGCAUGAAGAGUCUCGUGCUGCACGCAUCAUCCGCAACACCACGUUCCUCUUUACCAACUUUAUCAAAGCUUUGGACAUCACAGCGGAGGGUGAGUCCAUGGCGGUGGCCGGGUAUGUUGAAGAGGUGCUGCAGACGCUGAACGACCUGAUUGAGUACUUCCAACAGCCCGAUUCAGAACUGGAGCAUGAGGAGAAACAAUGUUGUCUCCGUUCACUCAUCAAACGUCAAGACCUCUUCAAGGAGGAGGGCAUGCUGACCCUCCUGUCCAAAUGCAUCGACCGGAUGAACCUGUAUGACAGUGCUGCCCACUUUGGAGAGAUGGCUGGGGAGGAGGCAGGCGCAGCGUGGAAGGACAUUCUCAACCUCCUUUAUGAACUCUUGGCCUCACUCAUUCGCGGGAACAGGAACAACUGCACCCAGUUUUCCCGCAACUUGGACUGGUUGGUCAGCAAACUGGAGAGACUGGAAUCUUCAUCAGGGAUCCUGGAGGUCCUCCACUGUAUCUUGGUAGAAAGUCCAGAGGCUCUGAACAUCAUUCAGAGAGCUCACAUUAAAUCAAUAAUCUCUCUGCUCUACAAGCAUGGACGGAACCAUAAGAUUCUGGAUGUCCUGUGUUCCUUGUGUGUUUGUAAUGGGGUGGCAGUGAGAGCCAAUCAGAAUCUGAUUUGUGACAACCUGCUUCCCAAGAGGGACCUGCUGCUUCAGACUCGACUGGUCAAUGAUGUUCAGAGUAUGAGGCCAAACAUCUUCCUGGGCAUGGCUGAAGGUUCAGCUCAAUAUAAAAAGUGGUAUUUUGAGCUGGUGAUUGACCAGGUUGACCACUUUGUAACCGGAGAGCCGACCCACCUGAGGGUAGGCUGGGCCAACACUAAAGGCUACGCUCCUUACCCCGGGGGAGGAGAGGGAUGGGGUGGCAACGGUGUCGGGGAUGACCUGUACUCUUACAGCUUUGAUGGACUUCAUCUCUGGUCAGGCCGAAUCCCAAGGGCUGUGGCCUCCAUUAACCAGCACCUGCUGAACUCAGACGAUGUGGUCAGCUGCUGUCUGGAUUUGGGCGCUCCCAGCAUGUCCUUCAGGAUCAACGGGCAGCCUGUCCAGGGCAUGUUCGAGGACUUCAACACCGAUGGAUUCUUCUUCCCUGUUGUCAGCUUCUCUGCAGGUGUCAAAGUCCGUUACCUGUUGGGUGGACGCCACGGAGAUUUCAAGUUCCUGCCACCCGCUGGUUACUCUCCGUGCUACGAGGCACUGUUGCCCAAAGAGAAGAUGCAUGUAGAGCCUGUGAAGGAGUACAAGAGGGACCAUGAGGGGCUCCGUGACCUGCUGGGAACCACCCAGUUCCUCUCCCAGGCCUCCUUCAUCCCCACUCCUGUUGACACCAGCCAGAUCGUUCUUCCUCCUCACCUGGACAACGUCCGGGACAAGCUGGCAGAAAACAUCCAUGAACUGUGGGGGAUGAACAAGAUUGAACUGGGCUGGACCUAUGGCAAGAUUCGUGAUGACAACAAGAGGCAGCACCCUUGCCUUGUGGAUUUCGCCAAGCUGCCUGAAACUGAAAGGAACUACAACGUGCAGAUGUCCAGUGAAACGCUGAAGACUUUGUUGGCUCUUGGAUGCCAUGUUGCCCAGGUCAAUGUUCACGCUGAGGACGAUCUGAAGAAAAUCAAACUUCCCAAAGACUACAUGAUGUCUAAUGGUUAUAAGCCUGCGCCGCUGGAUCUCUCUGACGUGAAACUGACUGCAGGUCAGGAGGUUCUAGUUGAUAAACUGGCCGAGAAUGCACACAAUGUGUGGGCCAAAGACAGAAUUAAACAAGGAUGGACCUAUGGCAUCCAGCAGGAUUUGAAGAGCAGGCGUAAUCCUCGCCUGGUGCCAUAUGCUUUACUGGACGAGCGCACUAAGAAAUCUAAUAGAGACAGUCUGAGAGAGGCCAUCAGGACCAUGGUUGGAUAUGGAUAUGACAUCGACCCCCCAGACCAGGAGGCUGCCCAUGUGUUUGAUGAUCAGAACAUCGAGACCAUCCGACUCUUCCGUGUGGAGCAGACAUAUGCGGUGAAGACAGGAAAGUGGUACUUUGAGUUCGAGGCCCUGAGUGGAGGCGAUAUGAGGGUUGGCUGGGCCAGACCAGCCUGCAGACCCGAUGUGGAACUUGGAGGGGAUGACCAGGCCUUCGUCUUCGACGGAUACAAGGGUCGACGGAUGCAUGCAGGCAGCCGCUACUUUGGACAUCCUUGGAAAAAGGGUGAUGUGGUCGGUUGCAUGAUCAACAUGGAGGACAAAUCCAUGAUAUUCACCCUGAACGGAGAACUCCUGAUCACCGGCAAGGGCUCUGAGCUUUGCUUCACUGACUUUGAGACAGAGGACGGUUUCAUCCCUGUGUGCAGUCUGGGCAUGUCUCAGAUUGGACAUAUGAACUUGGGCAAGGAUGCCAGCACUUUCAAGUACUACACCAUGUGUGGUCUCCAGGAAGGCUUUGAGCCCUUCGCUGUCAACAUGAAAAGAGAGAUCACCAUGUGGUUCAGCAAGCGCCUUCCCACUUUUGUCAACGUGCCCCAGGACCACAUGCAUAUCGAGGUGACAAGGAUUGACGGAACGGUAGACAGCCCUCCCUGCCUCAAGGUCACCCACAAGACGUUUGGCACACAGAACAGCAACAAUGACAUGGUCUACUGUAGACUGAGCAUGCCUGUGGAGUUUUACUCUGUAGACAAGUUGCUUGAUGAAUCAUUGAAACUCAGCCAUCCUCCAAAAGAAGAUGGAACUGUUGACUAUGGAAGCAUCACAACUUAUUACCACUCAGUGAGAGUGUUCGCUGGACAGGACCCUGCGUCAGUGUGGGUGGGCUGGGUCUCACCGGACUAUCAUUACCAUAGCAAGAACUUCAGCCUCAGCAAGACGCAAACAGUCACCGUCACCCUGGGGGAUGAGAGGGGCCGGGUCCAUGAGAGUGUCCAAAGGAGUAACUGUUACAUGGUGUGCGGAGCAGAUGCAGUCGGCCCAUCUACCUCCAGCCGCUCCAACUCUGACCUGGAGAUCGGCUGUCUGAUCGACCUGGCCACUGGCCUCGUCUCUUUCACUGCCAACGGCAAGGAGCUGUCCACAACAUAUCAGGUUGAACCAAAUACCAAGCUGUUCCCAGCUGUGUUUGUACGCCCUACCAGUGCAAACCUCUUCCAGUUGGAAUUUGUCAAGAUCAAGGAUGCAAUGCCACUCUCAUCUGCCAUAUUUAAGAGUGAGCACAGGAACCCGGUGCCGCAGUGCCCGCCACGACUGGAUGUGCAGACCAUUGUGGCCGUGCUGUGGAGCCGGAUGCCAAACACCUUCCUCAACGUGGAGACUGCCCGGGUCAGCGAGAGACACGGCUGGGUGGUCCAGUGUCUGGAACCGUUGCAGAUGAUGGCAGUACAUAUACCUGAGGAGAACAGAUGUCUGGACAUCCUGGAGUUAUCUGAGCAUGAAGACCUGAGAAAGUUCCACUACCACACACUGAAGCUGUACUGUGCCCUCUGUGCACUGGGAAACACCCGCGUUGCCCAUGCCCUCUGCAGCCACUUGGACCAAUCACAGCUCCUCUACACCAUCGACAACCAGUAUCUGUCUGGCAUGCUGAGAGAGGGCUUCUACAAUGUCCUCAUCAGCAUCCAUCUUGAGACAGCAAAAGAGGCUCGCCUAAUGAUGAACAACGAGUUCAUUAUCCCUGUGACGGAGGAGACUCGCUCCAUCAAGCUGUUCCCCGACGAGUCCAAGCGGCACUCGCUGCCUGGUGUGGGCCUGAGCACCUCCCUCACACCUCGGGUCAACUUCUCCCCCGUUGGCAUCAUCAGCACAAAGCGCCAACAGUACCUAUACAGCCCCCAGAUCCCUCUGGGCAUCCUGAAAGAGAAAGCCAUCAGCAUGCUCUCUGAGGCCGUGCAGGGCGGAGGCUUACACAUCCGAGAUCCGGUAGGCGGCAGUGUAGAGUACCAGUUCGUCCCCAUUCUGAAGCUGAUUGGAACACUGUUGAUCAUGGGAGUCCUAACCAGUGAUGAGGUGAGACUGAUUCUCCUCCUGAUUGAUCCCAACGUGUUUGGAGAGGCCAAGGAGGGUGAGGAGGUCAAGGGGCAUGAAGUGGCUGUGGCAGGGGAGAAGGAGGAGGUGAGCAAGAACGAGGAGAAGGCCGUGGAGGCGGGAGAGGAGGAGACAAAGGAGAGUAAACCGCCCGUCAAAGGUCUCCUGGAGAAGUCACUGCCCGAGUCUGUCAAACAACAGAUGUGUGAGUUGCUGCACUACUUCUGUGACUGUGAGCUGAAGCACCGCAUCGAAGCCAUCGUCUCCUUCUCAGACAGCUUUGUGUCCAAGCUGCAGUUCAACCAGAAGUUCCGCUACAAUGAGCUGAUGCUGGCGCUCAACAUGUCCGCCGCCGUCACUGCCAAGAAGACUAAAGAGUUCCGUUCACCCCCACAUGAGCAGAUUAACAUCCUGUUGAAUUUCAGUGCAGGGGAGGACUGCCCCUGUCCUGAGGAGAUCCAGGAAGAACUCAACUACUUCCAUGAAGAAUUGCGACUGCACUGUGGAAUUCCCGUGGAGGAGGAAGAGGAAGAGCAAGACACUUCGAUAAAAGGCCGUCUCCUUGCUUUACUCUACAAAAUCAAAGGUCCUCCUCAGAAGACAGAGGAGGAACCCACAGAGAAGGAACAGGCUGCCCCCACUAACCUGAAGGAGCUGAUCUCCCAGACCAUAACCAGCUGGGCUCAGGAGUCUCACAUCCAGGACCCACAGCUGGUCAGGGUGAUGUUCAGCCUGCUAAGGAGACAGUAUGACGGCAUCGGAGAGCUGCUCCGGGCCAUGAAGAAAUCCUAUACCAUCAGUGCCGCCUCAGUGCAGGAUGCUAUUAACCUGUUGGCAUCUCUGGGUCAGAUUAGGUCUUUGCUGUCUGUCCGCAUGGGCAAGGAGGAGGAAAAACUCAUGAUUGAUGGGCUUGGCGACAUUAUGAACAACAAGGUUUUUUAUCAACAUCCCAAUCUGAUGAGAGUGCUCGGAAUGCACGAGACUGUCAUGGAGGUCAUGGUCAACGUGCUGGGAGGAGACAAGUCGCAGGAGAUCGCCUUCCCCAAGAUGGUGGCCAGCUGUUGUCGUUUCUUGUGCUACUUCUGUCGUAUUAGCCGUCAGAACCAGAAAGCUAUGUUCGACCACCUGAGCUACCUGCUGGAGAACAGCAGUGUGGGGCUGGCCUCUGAAGCUAUGCGGGGCUCCACUCCACUGGAUGUUGCAGCAUCUUCAGUGAUGGACAACAACGGCCUGGCCCUCGCCCUGGAGGAGCCCGAUCUGGAGAAGGUGGUGACAUACCUUGCAGGCUGUGGUCUUCAGAGUUGUGCCAUGCUGGUUGCUAAGGGUUACCCAGACCUCGGCUGGAACCCCAUAGAGGGAGAGCGUUACCUGUCCUUCCUGAGGUUCGUCGUCUUCUGCAAUGGUGAGAGUGUGGAGGAAAACGCCAACGUGGUGGUGAAGCUGCUGAUCAGACGUCCAGAGUGUUUCGGCCCCGCCCUGAGAGGAGAGGGAGGCCAGGGUCUGCUCGCUGCCAUGAAGGAGGCCAUCAAGAUCUCUGAGGAUCCUGCCCUGGACCUGCCAAAGACCCCUGCUGUAGUCACUACCGGGUUUGAAUAUUGUUUGUUCUCUGUUGCACAGGAGGUGUUGAGCACCACUGAGACGGCAUUGGCCAUGAACAGGUACAUUGGCUCGGCCCUGCUGCCUCUGCUGACCCGCUGUGCCACUCUCUUUGCUGGCACAGAGCACUACGUACAGCUGAUUGACUCCUUAUUGCACACCAUCUAUCGGCUGUCCAAAGGCCGCUCACUCACCAAAGCCCAAAGGGACGCCAUCGAGGAGUGUCUGCUGGCUAUCUGCAAGCAUCUGCGUCCCUCCAUGAUGCAGCAGCUGCUCAGACGGCUGGUGUUCGAUGUUCCCAUGCUCACUGAAUACUGCAAGAUACCUCUCCGGCUUCUGAAAAACCACUAUGAGCAGAACUGGAAGUACUACUGCCUGCCUUCUGGUAUGGGCAGCUUUGGCAUAGCCUCCGAUGAGGAGCUCCUCCUAACCAAGAAACUCUUCUGGGGAAUCUUUGACUCCCUUUCUCAUAAGAAGUAUGAUGCUGAACUUUUCAAAAUGGCCAAGUCAUGCCUGUGUGCCAUUGCUGGAGCCCUACCUCCAGACUUUGUGGACGCCAGCCUUGGAGCAACACUGGAGAAACAGGUGUCAGUGGAUGCACAGGGCAACUUUGAUCCCAAACCAAUCAACACUGCCAAUAUCUCCCUUCCUGAAAAACUUGAGUACAUUGCCAACAAAUAUGCAGAGCAUUCACAUGACAAGUGGUCCUCAGAGAAGGUGUCAGCAGGCUGGAAACAUGGAGACAGUAUGGAUGAACAGGCCAAAACCCAUCCACUGCUGAAGACUUACAAAGCGCUGAGUGAGAAGGAGAGAGAAACGUACCGCUGGCCUGUGAGGGAGUCACUGAAGAGCAUGCUCGCUAUGGGCUGGAACAUUGAGAGGACCAAGGAGGGAGAAGCCAUGUUCCAACAACGAGAGAGCGAAAAACAACGAAAGAUCUCUGAGUCUCAGGUUAAUGGAUUCAGUCCUGCUCCAAUGGACUUGCACAAUGUCACUUUGUCUAGAGAGUUACAGGGAAUGGUGGAGGUGGUUGCAGAAAAUUACCACAACAUCUGGGCCAAGAAGAAGAAAACUGAAUUUGUUAGCAAAGGAGGAGGGAGCCAUGCGCUGCUGGUUCCCUAUGACACCCUGACAGCUAAAGAGAAGUACAGAGACAGAGAGAAGGCCCAGGAGCUUUUCAAGUUUCUGCAGAUCAGUGGCUAUGUUAUCACAAGAGGUCUGAAGGACAUGGAGCAGGACUCAUCAUCCAUAGAGAAGCGUUUCACCUACAAAUUCCUCAAAAGGCUGCUGAAGUAUGUCGACUCUGCCCAGGAGUUCAUCGCUCAUCUUGAGGCCAUGGCCACUAGUGGGAAGACAGACAAAUCACCUCAUGACCAGGAAAUCAAGUUCUUUGCCAAGGUCUUGCUUCCUCUGAUAGAUCAAACGUUAAAGAACCACUGUCUCUACUUCCUGUCCACGCCCAGCAAGAACUUUAGCAGCUGUGGCUGUGCCUCCAACAAAGAGAAGGAGAUGGUCACCAGCCUGUUCUGUAAGCUGGCAGCUCUUGUCAGACACAGGAUUUCUCUGUUUGGAAGUGACUCUGCAAUGAUGGUGAGCUGUCUGCACAUCCUCACUCACUCACUCGACACCAGAACGGUCAUGAAGUCAGGCUCAGAGCUGGUCAAAGCCGGGUUUCGAGCUUUCUUUGAGAACGCAUCAGAGGACCUGGAUAAGCUUCUGGAGAUGCUAAAACUGGGGAAGUUCAUGCAGUCCCGUGCCCAGAUGAAGAGCGUCACCCAGAGCAUCAACUAUGUGACUGUGGCGCUGCUGCCCAUCCUCACUGCCCUGUUUGAACACAUCAAGACAUAUGAGUUUGAAGUGGACCUGCUGUUGAAUGAUGUGCAGCUGUCCUGCUACCGAAUCCUGACCUGUUUGUACUCUCUGGGAACAGGAAAGAAUGUCUUUGUGGAGAGGCAUCUUCCAGCGCUUGGGGAGAGCCUGGCGAUCCUGGUGGGGGCAAUUCCUGUCGCGUUCCUGGAGCCUGACCUAAACGCCUACAACCCGCUGUCUGUCUUCAACACCAAGACCCCCCGAGAGAGAGCCAUUCUCAGUAUGCCUGACACAGUGGAGGAGAUGUGUCCAGAGAUGCCUCGUCUUGACAGACUGCUUAAAGAUGUCAACGAUGUCUCAGAGUCUGGUGCUCGCUACAGUGACAUGCCACAGGUCAUUGAGGUGAUCCUUCCCAUGCUGUGUAACUAUCUGUCCUACUGGUGGGAGAAAGGUCCGGAGAACUCACCUGAAGGUACCCAUUGCUGCACUAUGGUGACCUCUGAACACCUCAGCGUCAUCCUGGGAAACAUCCUCAGGAUCCUCAACAAUAACCUUGGCAUCGAUGACGCCCCCUGGAUGAAGAGGAUUGCAGUCUACUCUCAGCCAAUCAUCUCUAAGGCUGGAGCAGAUCUGCUGAGAACCCACUUCCUGCCCACACUGGAAAAACUGAAGAAGAAGACAGUGAAGGUUGUGGCUGAAGAAGAGCUGCUGAAGGCUGACAGUAAAGGUGACAACCAGGAGGCCGAGCUGCUCAUCCUGGAUGAGUUUGCUGUGCUCUGCAGAGACCUUUAUGCUUUCUACCCCAUGCUCAUCCGUUAUGUGGACAACAGCAGAUCCAGGUGGUUGAAGGAGCCAGAUGCAGACUCCACUGAGCUCUUCAGGAUGGUGGCUGAGAUCUUCAUCCUCUGGUGCAAGUCCCAUAACUUUAAGCGUGAAGAACAAAACUUUGUGGUUCAGAAUGAGAUCAACAAUUUGGGCUUUCUGACUGGAGAGGGAAAGACGAAGAUGUCCAAGUCCGGAGGAGACCAGGAGAGGAAACACAAGCGCCGUAGAGGCGAGUACUACUCCAUCCAGACCUCUCUGAUUGUAGCUGCCCUAAAGAAGAUGUUGCCCAUCGGCCUCAACAUGUGCACUCCAGGAGACCAAGAGCUCAUCUCCCUCGCCAAGAUACGCUACAGUCUGAAAGACACAGAUGAUGAGGUAAAGGAGCACUUGCGUCAGAAUCUCCAUCUCCAGGACAAGUCUGAUGACCCAGCGGUCCAGUGGCAGCUGAACCUGUACAAGGACGUGGUGGUGAAGAGUGAGGAACCUGAAAACCCAGAACACACAGUGGAUCGAGUGCAGAGCAUCUCUGCUGCUGUGUUCCACCUGGAUCAGGUGGAGCAGCCUCUGAGAAAUAAGAAGUGUGUGUGGCAUAAGCUGCUGUCUAAACAGCGUAAGCGUGCUGUGGUGGCUUGUUUCCGCAUGGCUCCACUCUACAAUCUACCCAGGCAUCGCGCUAUCAACUUCUUCAUCCCGGCCUAUCAGAGACUUUGGAUAGAGGCAGAGGAGUACUCCUUUGAGGAGAAGCUAGUUCAGGAUCUGGCAAAAACCCCGAUGAAAAUUGUGGAGGAGGAGGAAGAGGAGGUGGCUGAGAUCCAGCCAGACCCUCUCCACCAACUUAUUCUCCACUUCAGCCACAACGCUCUGACAGAGAGAAGAUAUUAUAUAGUAACGAUAGGAAAAAAAGACUUAAAGGAAGAUCCUUUGUAUAUUGCGUAUGCAGACAUGAUGGCAAAGAGCUGUGCAGAGGAUGAGGAGGAAGAAGAGGAGGAAGGGAAAGAAAAGACUUUUGAGGAAAAAGAGAUGGAAAAGCAGAAGAUCCUGUAUCAGCAGGCGAGGCUGCACGCCCGUGGGGCCGCUGAGAUGGUGCUGCAGAUGAUCAGCGCCAGUAAAGGUCGACUGGGCCCCAUGGUGACAUGCACCCUCAAACUGGGUAUCUCCAUUCUAAAUGGAGGCAAUGUGCAAGUUCAGCAGAAAAUGCUUGAUUACCUGAAAGAGAAAAGAGAUGCAGGCUUUUUCAAGAGUCUCUCAGGACUGAUGCAGUCCUGCAGUGUAUUGGACUUGAAUGCAUUUGAAAGGCAGAACAAAGCAGAAGGACUUGGCAUGGUGACAGAGGAAGGUUCAAGUUCCAAGGUGCUACAGAAUGAUGAGUUUACUAAAGAUCUGUUCCGGUUUUUGCAACUUCUGUGUGAGGGCCACAAUGGAGAUUUCCAGAACUUCCUGAGAACCCAAACUGGAAACACAACCACAGUCAACAUCAUUAUCAGCACUGUGGACUAUCUGCUCCGCCUUCAGGAAUCUAUCAGUGACUUCUACUGGUACUACUCUGGCAAAGAUGUCAUUGAUGAGACUGGAAAAGUCAACUUCUCCAAAGCGUUAUCUGUUGCCAAGCAGAUAUUUAACUCACUGACUGAGUAUAUUCAGGGCCCGUGUAUUGGGAACCAGCAGAGUUUAGCUCACAGCAGACUGUGGGAUGCAGUUGUGGGCUUCCUGCAUGUAUUUGCCAACAUGCAGAUGAAGCUGUCUCAGGAUGCCAGUCAGAUUGAGCUGUUGAAGGAGCUGAUGGAUUUACAGAAGGACAUGGUUGUCAUGUUGCUGUCUCUGCUAGAGGGUAAUGUGGUGAACGGAACAAUUGGAAAGCAGAUGGUUGAUACCCUGGUGGAGUCUUCUAACAAUGUGGAGAUGAUCCUCAAGUUCUUUGAUAUGUUCCUCAAACUGAAGGACCUGACAACCUCUGACAAUUUCAAAGAGUAUGAUCCUGAGUUUAAAGGCAUUAUUUCAAAGAAGGAGUUCCAAAAGUCAAUGGAGAGCCAGAAGCAGUACAGCCAGUCUGAGAUUGAAUUCCUGCUCUCUUGUGCAGAGGCCGAUGAGAAUGACAUGUUCAAUUACAAGGAGUUUGUAGAACGAUUCCAUGAACCAGCCAAAGACAUUGGCUUCAACGUAGCAGUGUUGCUGACCAACCUGUCUGAACACAUGCCACACGAUUCCAGACUCGCCACCUUCUUAGACUUGGCAGAGAGUGUCCUUAGCUACUUUGAGCCUUAUCUGGGUCGUAUUGAAAUCAUGGGCAGUGCAAAGCGAAUCGAGAGGGUGUACUUUGAGAUCAGUGAGUCGAGCCGCGAGCAGUGGGAGAAGCCCCAGGUCAAAGAGUCCAAACGUCAGUUCAUCUUUGAUGUGGUCAACGAGGGUGGAGAAAGCGAGAAGAUGGAGAUGUUUGUGAAUUUCUGUGAGGACACCAUUUUUGAAAUGCAGCUAGCUUCACAGAUCUCUGAGCCAGAUGUGGUUGAACAACCAGAGGAGGAGGACGAAGAAGAUGGGCACAGUAUCCUGGAGGAGCUGGGUGGAGAGGAAGAGGGUGCCCUGGAGUCUGCCUCAGCCUUCACCACUGCAUGCCGCUCAGUCAAGAAGAAGAUCAGCAAUGUCCGCCAAAAGUUUUCUGUUAAAAACGUACGCAAGCAGUUCAAAAAAAUCAAAAAGCUAAGCAUCAAGGAGAUUAUCACAGGCUUUUUCUCCUUCUUCUGGAUGCUUUUCACUGGCUUCUUCAAGGGAAUCUAUGGCCUCAUAUUUGGGUUCUUCCACGUCAUCUGGUCCUCCAUGUUUGGCGGUGGCCUGGUUGAGGGAGCCAAGAACAUAAAGGUGACAGACAUCCUCGGAAACAUGCCUGACCCAACUCAGUUUGGUAUCCAUGGAGAUGCGGUUGAAGGAGAGAAAGUGGAGGCUAUCGAGUCAUCAGGAAGCCUAGAUAUAGCCAUGACACCAACAGGUGACAUAGCAGAGGUUGAUAUGAUGUUGGAGAUGCUGACAAUGCCCAAGAAAGAAGGAGGUAAACAUGUGGAGCUGGGCCUGGGUGAUGUUUCUGAGUUGAGUGCAGAGACCUCCACUACUGAUCAAAAGAAGAAAGCUGCUGCCAAGCCUGUUGAAACCCCAGAGAGCGAACCAGAGAAAGCAGACACAGAGAACCAGGAGAAAGAGGAUAAGCCAAAGGAGGAGCAGGCUAAGGAGCCAGUGGUGGAGGAGAAGCCCAAGACCAAAUCAAGUCAGCCUAAAGAGGCGUCGCCUGCUUUCAUGUCGAGUAUCUUUGCUCUGCUGGAUGUCUAUCGGACCAAGAUGCUGAACUACCUGGCUCGUAACUUCUACAACCUCCGUUUCCUGGCCCUGUUUGUAUGUUUUGCCAUCAACUUCAUUCUUCUCUUCUACAAGGUCACUGGUGAAACUGAAGACACGGAUGAUGAAAACCAAUGGGAUGAAGAGGAGGAUGAUGAGAACACACUCUUCGACAUGGAUGAGUUUGUCCUGCAGGAGAGCAGCGGCUACAUGUUACCAACUCUGCGUUUCCUGGCUAUAUUCCACACUGUCAUCUCACUCGUCUGUUUGUUUGGGUACUACUGUCUGAAGGUUCCUUUGGUGGUGUUCAAGAGGGAGAAGGAGAUUGCCAGGAAGCUUGAAUUCGACGGUCUCUACAUCACUGAACAACCAUCUGACGAUGACAUCAAAGGCCAGUGGGAUCGACUCGUCAUCAACACCCCGUCUUUCCCCAGUAACUACUGGGACAAAUUUAUCAAGCGCAAGGUGAUCAACAAAUAUGGUGACAUGUAUGGAGCUGAACGCAUCGCUGAGCUUUUAGGCCUGGAUAAGAGCGCUCUGGACUUUGACCCCACUAUAGAGACUGUGGAGAAGGAAGCUUCCCUGCUCUCCUGGCUGAGCUCCAUUGAUACAAAGUACCACAUCUGGAAACUUGGCGUGGUUUUGACUGACAAUUACUUCCUGUAUCUGAUCUGGUACGCCACCAUGUCCAUUUUUGGACACUUCAACAACUUCUUCUUUGCUGCCCAUCUGCUGGACAUCGCUAUGGGCUUCAAGACCCUUCGUACUAUCCUGUCUUCUGUCACUCACAACGGCAAGCAGCUUGUGCUGACUGUGGGUCUUCUGGCCGUGGUCGUCUAUCUCUACACCGUGGUGGCCUUCAACUUCUUCAGGAAGUUCUACAAUAAGAGCGAGGAUGAGGAUGAACCCGACAUGAAGUGUGACGACAUGAUGACAUGCUAUUUGUUCCACAUGUACGUGGGUGUGAGAGCUGGAGGUGGUAUUGGAGACGAGUUGGAGGACCCAGCUGGAGACCCCUAUGAGCUGUACCGCAUCCUGUUUGACAUCACCUUCUUCUUCUUUGUCAUUGUCAUCCUGCUGGCCAUCAUUCAGGGUUUGAUCAUCGAUGCCUUUGGUGAGCUGAGAGACCAGCAGGAGCAGGUGAAGGAGGACAUGGAGACCAAAUGCUUCAUCUGUGGCAUUGGGAAUGACUACUUUGACCGGACGCCUCACGGGUUUGAAACCCACACCUUACAAGAGCACAACCUAGCUAACUACCUGUUCUUCCUGAUGUACCUGAUUAACAAGGAUGAGACUGAACACACGGGUCAGGAGUCCUUCGUGUGGAAGUUGUACCAGGAGAGAUGCUGGGACUUCUACCCUACUGGAGACUGCUUCCGUAAGCAAUAUGAGGACCAGUUGGGUUAGAGAGCGCAGCCUCGUCUUGUGCCCCAAACACCCCUCUCUACUUUACUUUCCUUCUAUCUGAAAGAGACGCUGAACUUGACUUCACCCUGUUAACAGAACCUGAACACUCGCUGGACUUUCUCUGCUGCCAUGGUGUCCAAAAAAAAAAAAAAAAAA